CUCGAUAGUAGCAUCAAUCUCCUACUUAAUUUGUUUUCUAGUCUCUAUUUCUUCCUUUUCCUUUCGUCUGGUGGCACCAGACGCUUUCAUACCUGGUACUCCAAGCUUCGGUUCGGCUCACCGUGGAGAACAUGGUAUCUGAAGCUCGGUAGUCUACUCUUGUUAAAAAAAAGCCGCAACAUACAACCUAGACAAAAUUGCGCUCAGGCUGCCUUUCAAUCGCAUUGGGAAUUGUCCAGAAGAAUAUCUUCGUCACAGUUUGCACUCUCUCCGAUCGCCAUGCAGUCAACCACUGUAUUCUCGUCGCCCUUGACGGCGUCGGGCCGGUUCUACAAGCUUUGCGCCCAAAUACUGCAACCUUCGACUCGGCGACACCAAUCAUCCUACCGCCGGGCAAGAUCGAAGCUCAAUGUCAAGCCAGAUGCUUCGUUCUUGCCUUCCAAGACCGAGCAGCAUGACCACAUCAUUUUCAAUCCUCCUCCGAGCAUGCCCAAUAUCUACCACACGCCUAACAUUUUUCUCCCCGACAAUGAUCGAAGAAAAAUCAUACCCGAUCGGGAAACACGAGAGGCACAGUUGUUGCUAAGCGAACGGAUACCUGUUGUUAAAGGACAGCAAGAAAAGAGAUACCAUCUGACAGCGAAGGAUGUGGAAGAGAUGAGGGCUCUACGCAGGACAGCCCCGUCAGAAUGGAGCGUCAACAAAUUAUCCAAAAAGUUCGACUGUUCUCCAAUCUUUGCCAUGUAUGCCACAGAAGGACUGGCACCAGGAAAACAAGAACUGCAGAAAACAGUGACAAAGAUUGUCAAGUCGAGAUGGGGGAAGAAGAGACGGGAGGCACGCGAGGAUCGAGAACUACGCAAAGAGAAGUGGUAUAGGGACGAAUAAGACCCAACUUUUGUAGAAUAUGAGCGAAGUCUUAGCUUUCAAAAAUGUAAAGAUACUGUUGAUUGUCUCGGAAAACCAUCUAUAAUCAAGUUCUG